AUGGAGCUGUCGAUUAUACUGAACCUGCAGCCUUCCGCGCUGAAAACCUUAUCCAGCUUAUUCGGAUACGUGGGCAUCUUGUUCCGAGUGUUAGCCGUCGGAGCUCUCUCCGUAUACUUAUCCGACGAGGACAGACCGGAUCAUUACGACGUUUUUGUGAAGGCAGCUCUAGGUUACUCGAUCGUCUCCUUAAUUGCGAACGGCUGCAUGCUCGUCGGCAUCAUCAAGGACGUGCAUUGGCUUCUCCUUCCUUAUCUCGGCGUCCUGAUGCUGGAGAUAAUUGGAUCCGUUAUCGGCCUACUUCUCGCCAUCUUCCUAUUUCACUUCGGCUUCGUGCACCUGCUCAUACCGACCUCAAUUUUGCUGAUAUUGAACGUCUACGUUUGGAUGACUAUCACGAAGCUGUUUCGCUUCAUGGAGACCAAGUUCCGUUAUCUGAGGAGCGUGACGCUCACGCAGAAUUAGGGGAUGGCACGAUGCGGCACGCAAAUUGAGUCUUCUAAUCUCGCAUAUGCUGGAUAUUCCAAAUCGAUAUUCAAUUAUUAGGUAACACUCGAAAUAACGAAUAUUUCUUCUAGGAUUUUUUUAUAUAAUCGAUGUGAAAUACGAGAAAAUACGAUUUCAAUUUCCGUAAUCUUUGAUUUGAUUUUUCUUAUCUAAACUUAAUCAAUUCUAGAUAAAACUAUCAAAUAAACACAAAUUUCUACACUACCAAUCCAUUAAAUUA